AAUGGCUAUGUUGAUGAGACGCAUUAUUUCUGAAAUUGUAGACUCAGCUCGAGGAGGCCUAUGCAGUAGCUUACGAGGAGUAUCUCGAGAAGAUUAAGGAGCAUGACCUUGUGAAAGAUGCCUAUGUCCAGUGGACGAGCAACCAGAUGGCGAGUUUCACUCGGUUCAUGAUGACUGGAGUGCGAGAGGAACCACUCCCAGAGCCACCUCAUCCGGGGCCGACGCCAGUGUUCCCGUCCAAGGAGGAGUUCUAUAUCAUGUACAAGCGUCAGCGUCAGUUGACCCCGGGAUUGGGAGAAUCCGGGAACGACGCUCCUGAUGGUACGCCGAUGCACCCCGGUCGCUGUUCUCCUGGUGCUUCUGCCGAACCUCGGCAUGGUUCUGCUUCCGGUGGCUCUCGUCGUGGUUCUACCUCCCCGAGCACCGUCGAAAUACAGCGGCCUCACUUCACCCACUCGGAGCUAGAUCGUCUGGAGCUAGAUCGUCACUCGGGUGGUGCACCACCAUAGUUUCUACAUUGUACUAGCUACAUGACACAUGCUAUAUGUGUAGAAUGAUCUAUGUAGGAUGACUAUAUGUACCGUAUUGCUUGUGUGCUAUAUUUGUACUAAAUUUGG